UUAAUCCAUUGGGUCAAAGAAGAGGAAACGAGCGAAAACGAGCGACUGCUCACGAUUGCUAGGCUAGCGAAGUAUUGGCUGAACGCACUCAAUGAUUCAUUGUUCCAUCUUGAGCAUCAUAGCGCAAACAUGAUGGCAACAACCAUAGACCUAGGAUAAGAUAGACGGAGCGUAAGCCUGCGGGGUAGGUGAUAGCGCGGGAGGGGAAAUAGACCCAAAUUUCGGCAAAGUUCGGAAACAUUCGGACGCUCGACCGACUCGACAGCACACGGAUGUGCCUUCGCGCUUUGGUGUGCGUUGGCAGCAUGUGGAGGAGAUGCGCUGGCAUGCGCUGUUUGUUCGAUUACACAUUUGACACAUUUCUCCGGACGGUGAAUACCAUAACCUAGAAUACAGAAGCGUAUCAUGGAAAUGAAGUGCUUAAUUGGCAUUUAGUGUACAGAUUUCGUAUUAAUUGCGACGGAUAUGAAAACUACACAAUCUACUAUAGUUAUGAAAAGCGAUGAACAUAAAAUCCACAAGAUCUCUGACAAACUUGUCUUGGCAAUAUUCAGAGAAUCAGGCAAUACAAUACAGUUUUCAGAAUACAUUGGGAAGAAUAUUCAGCUGUACAAGAUGCAAAAUGACUACGAAUUGUCCCCCAAAGCUGCGGCUUGUUUCACAAGAAGAAAUCUUACAGCCGAUUAUCUUAGAAACAGUACUCCAUACCUUGUCAAUAUGCUACUGACCAUAUAUGAUAACAAUUCAGGACCAGAAUUAUACAUUAUAUCGGUUACUUACCCAGGUAGCAAGCACUCGUCAUUUUGACGUCAAUUGACGUCAAGAGACGUCAAAAUGACAGACUUUUGACGUCAAUUGACGUCAAAAUGACGAGUGCUUGCUACCUGGGUAUCGUCCAGCGUGAAAGUUCCUUACGCGACUCACGGAUAUGGCGGGAUGUUCUCCACAUCUGUUUUAGACAGAUAUCACAAAUAUGGUGAGGCAUUGACAAGACAUGGCAGCGAACAAAUUAAUAGAAUACAGCUGAAAGAUAUUAAAUAGAAACGUUUCUUGUAGAUUGUAUCGAAGAAGAGGCAUAUGCAUUAUUGAAGAAAUGCGUUCGAGACAUUCAGAAGCGAUUAAUCGUUAAUUUGCCAAAUUUCAA